ACUGUCAUUCCAAUGCUUGAAGCUGUUAUGGGUUUUGUCCCAGUUGAUAAGCUUGCUGUCCACUUUCAUGACACUUAUGGCCAAGCUCUGUCAAAUAUACUCGUAUCCCUCCAGAUGGGGAUCAGCACAGUCGAUUCAUCAGUUUCUGGUCUUGGGGGCUGGCAAUAUGCCAAGGGUGCAUCUGGAAAUGUUGCAACUGAGGAUGUUGUGUACAUGCUAGAUGGGCUUGGUGUGAAGACAAAUGUGAAUCUUGGUAAGCUCAUGUUGGCUGGGGAAUUUAUCUCUAAGCAUCUGGGACGCCCAUCUGGCUCAAAGACCGCAAUUGCCUUGAGUAAAGUCACAGCUCGCACCUCCAAGCUAUGAGGUACUAGCUCUAGACCAAUUUACACUUGCAUCUUC